CAUAAAUAAACAAAAUGCAAACGUACCGUUGUAUCCAUCAUCAUAUACACACAACACACGUUCGAGCUUCACUCAUAUCAACGCAACCGUCGUUCAUCACCGCCUACCGGAGUUCGUUACCGGCCACCCUAACAUUUAUGAUUUGAGCAGUUAGGGUUUUAAGAAAUUAGGGUUUAUGGCAUCUUCCGACGAUGAAGCCGAUACGCAACCGUUAUCAGUCUCUAAUUACCAUUUUGUAGAUGAUAAAGAUGCACCAGUAACUUUUUCAAUUUUACCGAUUCAAUGGAGUGAGUCUGAGAGUGUUGAAGGGAAAAAGGAGAAGGUGUUUUUACACGGGAAUGCGGAUAAUGGUUUGCAGAAGAUUUUUAUGCAAGUUGUAGCUUGGAGAUUUGAUCUUUCAAAUGUGAAGCCGGAGAUAUCGGUGUUGGCGAAGGAUAAGAGAUGGAUUAAGCUCCAGAAGCCGAGGAAGAGUUAUGAGGAGAUUGUUAGGAGUGUUUUGAUUACGGUUUAUUUUAUGCAUUAUGUAAGGAAGAAUCCGGAGGCGUUGGGGAAGUCUGUGUGGGAUAACUUGAGUAAGAAUAAGGAUUUUAGCCAUUAUGAAGUUAAGCCUUCGCACAAUGAUUUGUUAAACCAUAUGGGUUUAAUGGGUGAAGCUGCCACAAGGGAUGCUGUCUUGGCAAAGUCCAAGCUUUUGCUCAUGGUUAUGGAAGACAAAGAUAGGAUGAGCAUUAAGAAACUUUCUGACGAGGAAGUUAAAGAGCUAGCCCGACCUGGAUUUAUAAUAGCUGAUGAUAUUGACAAUGAUGCAAUUGAUGAAACUGUUGCCGAGGAAGAGUCAGAUGAAGAGGAUGAGUUAUUUGAUUCCGUUUGUUCGUUUUGUGACAAUGGUGGUGAGCUUUUGUGUUGUGAGGGAAAGUGCAUGAGGUCAUUUCAUGCUAAUGAGGAGGAUGGUGAAGAAUCUUCUUGUGCCUCUCUUGGAUUUAGCCGAAAGGAAGUUGAGGAGAUCCAAAAUUUCUAUUGUAAGAAUUGUGAACAUAAUAAACACCAGUGCUUUGCAUGUGGGGAACUAGGCUGUUCUGAUAAAUUUGCUGGUGCUGAGGUCUUCAAAUGUGCUUCUGCAACCUGUGGCUUCUUUUAUCAUCCACAAUGUGUUGCGAAGUUACUUCACCUGGUGAUUAGUGAUGCUCCAACAGAACUAGUAACAAAUAUAGCUAAGGGGGAACCUUUCACUUGUCCUGCUCAUUAUUGCCGCAUCUGUAAAGAAAUGGAAAACAAGAACGAGCAUGAGUUACACUUCGCUGUUUGCAGGCGUUGUCCUAAGUCAUAUCAUCGCAAAUGUUUGCCAAGAAAGGUUGCUUUUGAAGACAUAGUGGAAGAAGGCAUUGUAGCCAGGGCUUGGGAAGAUCUUUUGCCAAACAAUCGCAUUCUUAUUUAUUGCUUAAAACAUGAGAUAGAUGAUGAACUCGGAACUCCUAUAAGAGAUCAUAUAAAAUUCCCCUAUGUUAAACAGAAGGCAAAGCCUGCAACCAAAGAAGUUAUAAACAACAACAAUGCUAAGUUAGAUGAUUUACAUGUGAAAAGAACUAGUGCUACAUUGCCUAAACUUUCUGGUAAAAUGUCCUUCGGGAAAGUUGGUAUCGAGAAUCCUGGAAAGAUUUUGGGAUCAAACAUCCCUAGAAAGAAAGCAAAUGAAGCAUCAAGAAGGCUUUUGAAUGAAAAUAAGAGGCCAACUUUAAAGGAAGCAGAAAAGUCUGACCAUGAGGAAAACCAGCCCUCACUGGGUUUGCAACUUUAUUCUCACUACCAGAAGGGUUCGAAGCAAAUUAAUUCCGGCAAUCAUGUUAAUAAUGUAGCUGAUAACACUCUGUCUGUUAAGCGUCCUAAAAAGCUGAGCAGUGCACCACCCCAAUUAGAUGCAGAUUCAGAGAGGAGGUUGUUGGCUUUGGUUAAAGAAGCUUCUUCAUCAAUUACUCUGGAGUCUGUCAUAAAAGAACAUAAAUUUGUUUCUACUCACACUCACUCGCUAAAAAAUGUUGUGGAGAAGACUAUUACAAUGGGAAAGUUGGAAGGUUCAGUUGAGGCUGUUCGAACGGCUUUAAGGAUGCUGGAUGAAGGACAUAGCAUUCGGGAUGCAGAAGCUGUUUGUGGUCCCGAUGUUAUGAACCGGUUAUUUAAGUGGAAGGACAAGUUGAAGGUAUAUCUUGCACCUGUUCUAUAUGGUAAUCGCUACACAUCAUUUGGUCGCCAUUUUACACAAGUGGAAAAGCUGGAAGGGAUUGUGGAUAAACUCCAUUGGUAUGUUCAGAAUAAUGAUAUGAUUGUGGACUUCUGCUGUGGUGCUAAUGAUUUUAGCAGACUUAUGAAGAAAAAGCUUGAAGAGACUGGGAAGAGUUGCUUAUACAAAAACUUCGAUUUACUUCCGACAAAGAAUGAUUUUAAUUUUGAGAUGAGAGAUUGGCUGACUGUCCAGCGAAAGGAGUUGCCUUUAGGGUCACAGUUGAUCAUGGGCCUAAAUCCCCCCUUUGGACUUAAAGCAGCUCUGGCUAACAAGUUUAUAGACAAGGCUUUAGAGUUUGAGCCUAAGCUCCUGAUUCUUAUAGUACCACCAGAGACAGAGAGGCUGGAUAGAAAACGGUCGCGAUAUGUUCUUGUCUGGGAGGAUGAGAGGUUUUUAUCUGGCAAGUCGUUUUAUCUACCCGGAUCAGUUGAUUCUAAUGACAAGCAAAUGGAGCAAUGGAAUGUAAAGCCACCCCCACUCUACCUUUGGAGCCAUCCAGACUGGGCUGAUAAGCAUAAGCUCAUAGCCCAGGAGCAUGGUCACCUGUUCAGAGAGCGAGAUGUAUCGAGAAUGGAAAGCUUCGAUAAGGAAAAAUCAUCUGCCAGUCAUAGUAUGGAUGAUAACUAUUUUGAUGAUACCAUGCUGGAUCGCAUGCUGGAUCAUGAUUUCUUGAAGUCAACUAGUGAUCAAGAUAGCUCAUUUAUGAUAGGACAGAUGGAAGGCUCAUCUCAUGGAAAUGUUUUUCGAGUGAGUCAAGAGAGACAGGAUUAUUUGACGAUUAAUGCUGAGAACACCUCAUGGAAAAGGAAACGUACAGAGGAAAAUGAUGGUAGAGGACCAGCUGUGACCUUACCAGCUAUAAGACAAGAUAUAAAUGGUAUCUCCACUCCACAGUCUGGAUCAGAUAUGGAGCUCUCAGAUAAUGAGGUUGGUAAUAAUGGUCAUAUGCCUCUGGAGCCCCAGUCUUCCAUUGUUGAUGAUAGCUAUAGGCAUCUGGAGCCCCUCUCUUCCUCACGGGUGGAGUUUGGACAAGCCUAUGAUGGGACCCACAAUUGGCCAAAUGUUGCCGAUCCCCUUCCUGAUUACGGGUUGGCAGAUUUACAGGAACACAAUAGUGGGCAUCUCGGAGACGGCACUAGUAGCCUUGGAUAUAGACCUCAUCUCAGGGGUGAUGAUAUUUACCCUCCGGGGCUUCCAAGACCCUAUCUCACGGAGGAUGUUAUUCAGCCUCUGGGGGUUCCAAGACCCUAUGUCAUGGGUGCUGAUUAUAUUCGCCCUCCCAGGGUGCCAAUGCCUGAUCCUAUGAGUAGUAGUUAUCUAUCUGGUCGUGGUCCUGCUUAUAGUCAAAUGGGAUCUACUUAUUCAGUAUGUGGUUCAGGAUCUGAAUUGCCUUACAUGAUGAAUACACCAGCUAUGCAGAUGAGUACACCAGCUAUGCAACGAUAUGCACCUCGUCUCGAUGAAUUAAACCAUGUUAAGACGAAUUCUUUGGGCCCUGAACAUCCUAUAGUUGAUAGAAGUACAACUUCUGAGCAUAGUGCCCAAUCUGGAUCUGAAAAUGUUCCACCAGGUUUUCCAGGUGGUUCUCCUCAUUUGUAUUCACGCCAGAAUUCAUCAAAUUGGUUCAGUGAUUAACAUGAAUCUGCACAUUUUUAGGUGUUCUCCUUUGUUCUCGAUAAAGAUUAUAAUCUGUACAUAAAUGAUGUUAGGAUGGAUGUGUUGUACGUGGGAUAUUUUUUUGUGCCCCUCUUACAUCCCUUGCAGAUUGUAGGUUUUACAUGACAUUCCUUUAUGUGGAGUAUUUUUUUGUUGCUGGGAUUGUUCUUGUCCCCCUUUUGUAAGUGACUCGGUGUAGGUGGAUAGUGACCCUAUAGCUUACAGAUCUGCUGUUUCAUUAUAGUUUUUAUUUUGUUGACAGACUAUUAAAAUUAUGGCACAAGUUAGCAUUUUCUUAAAA